AUGGCCGCCGAAACUUACGGACACCGACUUAUCUACGAGAAAGACAUGUUCGCGUCUGACGUGAUGCUUGAGUAUUCGACUGAGGAGUGCUAUUUGUCCUGGCCGAGGUCUCCCGACUCCGGAAGGUCAAGCCUGGAGCCCACACCUUCAAUUGAUGGCAGUAUCAAUCAAGAUUCUUCACAUAUCGCGUAUAGAGGAUUAUCGCACGAUGUUUUGGAAGACAGUGCUGAAGAUAACGAGGUUUUGGAGUCAGGGAAGAGGCGCGGGCGUGCCACCAGUGCUGCAGUGUUGAGGAGGAGGCGCCUCGCUGCUAAUGCGAGGGAAAGGCGAAGGAUGCAGAACCUAAACAAGGCAUUCGACAGGCUACGAGGUCACCUGCCUUCUUUGGGCGCUGAUCGUCAGCUGUCGAAGUACGAAACCCUGCAAAUGGCUCAGACCUACAUAUCAGCCCUGUACGAACUCCUACAGUAA